CACAGGCCUGACCUGCUUUCGGUUCGUCCACAUCCACAGUGCCAGCCUUUGUGCGUCUCUCAGCGGGAGGUGCGUCCUCACAGAGCGGAUCCACGAGGCGCAUGCGUCGCGGCCGUUUCAGCACCAGCCGGAGCUGUCCACGCAUUCAGCACAAGCAGAGCGCGUGCACAGGGACCAGUACGGACACUUCCUGGACACUGGGUUUGUUUUGGGCUAGGAUGGGGUCCAGAACCGCCUUUGUGGUCCUGGUUUUCCAGCUGAUGGUGUUGAGUGGGUUCAUCUGCGCCUUCCCCACUCCGACAGCCUCCGCCACGGAUAAAACUGUGUCCAACAGACAGCUGACAGAAGAGAAACCCCUGAAAGAACAGAUGGCGGAGGCAGAUGGUGUGAAAGCUGCACUGCAGUCCAUUGAGACUAAACCUCCCACUGCCUCUGAGGACCUGGACUCAGACCCAGAUGAACUGAAGGCACUGGCUGAUACCCACCAACCCAAAGAGAGCCCCAAGGUGCCAGUUCAAGUAGGCCACAAGGUGGAGCAGUACAUCCCAGAUGAGUCUGAUUCCACCAAGAGCCGGCGUUUGGCUGAAGACUACGACUCCACCAAGAAGGGAAUGGACCAGGAUGAGCCGGAGAGUUUCCACCAGGUGGACGGAACUCUGCUGACUGCAGAGGACAUUGUCCAAAAAAUAGCAAACAAAAUCUACGAGGAGGACGACAGGGGGGUUUUCGACAGGAUUGUGUCCAAGCUGCUGAAACUAGGACUGAUCACAGACACUCAGGCAGAUAAUCUGGAGUACCAGGUGGCUGAAGCUCUGCAGGACCUGAUCACCACAAACGCUAAGAACAACGAAAUUACAGACGCUGACGACACCGGCAAAGACACCAGAGGACAAGAGGACUCCGACGCAAACCUGUGGGAUUCCCCUCAGCGUCGAUACAACGCAGAUGAAGGUGAUGAAGAGGAAGAGGCUGAAGACGAGGCGGACGCAGAGGAAGACGACACCGCAGACCACAUGUGGGACAGAGACACCCAGGAGGUCAACGAGGUCAACCCUGAGGACGGCCUUCAGGACCUGCAGUACUUCCCCAACUUCUACCGCCUGCUCCGGAGCCUGGACUCAGAGCGAGACACUCAGGAGAGAGAGACCCUGAUCACCAUCAUGAAGACCCUCAUUGACUUUGUGAAGAUGAUGGUGAAGUAUGGAACCAUCACGCCAGAGGAGGGCGUGUCCUAUUUAGAAAACCUGGAUGCUAUGAUCGCUAUGCAGACCAAGAACAAACUGGGCAAAGCUUUGGGCUCUGCAGACGCCACUGGAGCCAACGGGAAAAACAUGGAUGAUGAUGACAACACCAAAGCGGAUGCUGCCAAGAUGCAGAAGGAGUAUGAGAACCUGAAAGACUCAACUAAGGAGGAGCAGCCAUCAUCUGAGACGAGUCGAGCCGGGAAGGCGGAGACGUACCUGGAGGCCAUCCGAAAGAACAUCGAGUGGCUGAAGAAACACAACAAAGAAGAAGGCAAAGACGACUAUGACCUAUCCAAACUCAAAGACUUCAUGGACCAGCAGGUUGACGCCUACAUCCAGAAGGGAAUCAUCGCCAAAGAUGAAGGCGACACCAUCAAGAGGAUCUACAGCAGCCUGUAACAGGACCACCAGAACCCCACCCCAGACCCGGACCCUGGACCCCCGACCAGGACCCUGUCUGACCCCCCAUUAAUGUCCAUAUCCUGGUGGACUCAGAAGGACCUGCUUAGACCAGAUUCAACCCAGUGGAUCCGUUGGAAUCAGUUUAGUCUUUGAGCUGAAAUGCCAAAGGAAUCCAACCUCACAGGAGAACAUUUAUUUCCUUCAAACCAACAUGUGGUCCAGGAUUAGGGUUAGGGUCCAGGACUAACCCUAACCCUGUGGAAGAUGAAUGUAUGCCUCAGACGCUUUGGUGUUCAGCUAACCCUUGAGAUUCUGUGGAACCUGUCUUAGCCUUUUGUUCUUGUUUGGUCCAGCUCAUUUAUCAGAUCUUUGUUGUUCUUGUUUGGUCCAGUUCAUUUGUCAGAUCUUCAUGUAUUUUUGGUUUGAAUUCCACGCCCACCCUUCUGUUGUGUUCUGCCCAGGCCCCCUAGGGGGCGUGGCCUGCUGGUUUCUAUGCUCUGUCCAAUGUCUUUAGAGACAGAAGAUGAAGUCUUUUAAAAUGUGUGUGUGAUUUUUCCUUCCAGUGUAAAAGUCUUUCAAACACUGCCUUUUCUUUACCUCUGUGAUGAAACGUCUGAAGGUUGAUGAUGAAAAUGUUCCUGUGAGUUCAUACUGACAUAAUCUUGAAGAUGAAGGUUCAAUCAUUAUUUCAUUGAAGCUCAAAAGUGGAUUUUCUUGUUAGUUUUUGGCUUUCAGUUACUACAUAAAAAAACAAGCAGGUUUUAAAAAGUAACUUAGAAGAGGCGAACCAAACUGGCCGUAGUUUAUAAUUUUAGGAGUGAGUUCAUUUGUACAUUUUUAUUUUUAUGUUUAAUUUCAAAUAAGGAAAUGAAUGUAAUUGGAAUCUGGAUUCAACAAAUGACACGACUGUAAAAGAUCAGGACUUUUUUAUUUUUGUAGUUUGAAACUGUUCUCCAGACAUUGUCCUUCAGUUCUUUAAACAUCCAUGUUUUAGUUUUGUGUUUCUAUCAUCUAUCUGAAGAAGGAACCAACAGUACAAAUACAAUCUGAACUUACUGUAUUUAAAAUUGAACAUAAAAUACUGAAGUUUGAAAAAUGAAAGUCUGAUUCAAUUCUGACUGAUUUGGUUGGAUGUAGAUGUGCAGCACAUGUUGGAUGUGUUCUGGUCAGGACCCAAACCCUUUAAACCAGUGCAAAUAAAACACUCAAAAGCCUU